GAAACGGUCGACCAUUUGCGUGUUCCAAGAGCGCCACCGCGAUGCCCAUCUCGCAUUUUGCAGAUGCCAUCAAGAAGGUCACGUCGAUGUUUGCAGUGCAGUCGCGCAUUGGGUCUGUCGUCCACAACGCCGCUUUGCACGAAUCCCACACAACGCUCGGGUGGAAGUCGCUUGUCGUGAGUUUGACGCACGUGCCGGGGGCGCAGCAUCGCAUCGUUGUCAAAGUCGCUGUCCCGCUCAAGAUUCGUGCGCAGGUGCUCAAGAAGCAACCUCACUUGGUCGCGAUCACGGCCGGUCCGGGCGGGAUCUGGAUCGUUGAAAAGAUCACCGCCGACGGCCGAGAGAUUCAGUGCCGGAGCGCCAUCCCGUCCGACACUGGCACGUUUGAGUGGGAGGCGGCGCCCGGCGUUGACGGCGACAAUAUGAUUGUGCGCAACGUCACGACCGCUUCCAACGUCCCUGUCGAGGUCGCGCUCACGACGCCGCUCAACUUUGAAAGCCGCUUGACCGUGUUUAGCCUGUUCGAUGUCAACACGGUGGGCCAAGUGUUUCGCGCCGAUGCGCGGUUGGAACUGAUGCUUCCCAACAUUAGCCUGGCCAACGUCAAGCGCGAGUACGUCGAGAGCUUUCUCAACGCGCUGGGCAUUCACGAAGGCCACGCGGUGCAGUUUUUGAACGUUGUCGACAGUGUCGGCGAAAUCACACACUCGAGCGAGUAUGUCGAAAACGCGCUGCAGAGCGACACGCACAUGGACUACCGGCUGUACUAUCGCAUCCGGGCCAUCUUGACAGGCCAGUUUGUCCUGCACGCGUUCCCGUUUGACCAGCAAGAGAUGACCAUUCCGAUUCAACUGCAUCUGCCCAAGGAACGCGCUGUCCUUGCCGUGAAUUACCGCAACCCGAGCAUUUUCCAAGUGACCAACUUCCAGUUGUCAAACGUGUUUCACGUGGCGACGGGCAACUACGUGGUCGCGACCGCGUUUUUCAGCGACAUCAACGAAAGCACGACGGCUAAGAUUUACCCGCGCAUGAACUUUUCCAUCAUCUUGCAGCGCCGCGGCGGGUACUACAUCACGCACAUUGUGAUUCCGGUGACGCUGAUCACGUACAUGGGGUUUCUGAGCUUUUGUUUGGACAACGAAGGCAAGACGAUCGAAACGGGCGAGCGCCUCUUGAUCUCGCUCACGAUGGUCUUGACGGCCGUCACGUACAAGUUUGUCGUAGCCGGCGCGAUCCCGCAAAUCUCGUACCUGACCAUGCUCGACCACUACGUCACGUUUAGCUUUUACUACGUGUGCGCGAUCUCGGUCGCGAAUGCAUUUGUCACGAUGGGCCACGAAGACGAGCACGCGGCGUUCCACGUGAUGGUCAUCAUGGCGGCCGUGUACACGACGUACAAUAUUCUGUGGGCCGUGUACUUUUGGUUGUGGAUUCGGCGGCGCGACCGCGCCAACGAGGCGAUGCUAAAUUAUCACCGGGUGCGGCUGAUGGUGACCAAGACGUUUCCGAAUUCGAAAGCCGGGUUCCAAGGACGCAUGUUUGCCGAAAUGAUGAGGGAACUUGGCAUCAACGAAGCCCCCGUCAAUGCGCACGCCGCGCCCCACAAAAAAGAUCCCCCCAUGGACCACAAAGUGAGCAUCUUGCACCCGACACAUCACGCGAUCAAGAAAAUUCACCACUCGAUCAAACACAACAUUUCAGGACCGCUCGAAGGCCAUUUACAUGGAUAAUUUUGGAAUACAUGGGAGGCCGACCCCACCUCCCAUCCAUG